AUGCUAUGUGCUGCACAAAUCACCUCCUAUGUUGUUUACAAUGUUACUGCAGGUUGUGCAACAUACAACGAACAAUGUCUAUAUCAGGCACCAAACUCCACCAGCAGAAAGAACGCCUUCAGCUGCAUGCAGUUCCAAGCCUGCCAUGGUCAAGAAGUUGCAGCUGACAUCUUUGAAUGGAAUGGUCACCAAUACUUGGUGCUUGUCGACCCAUGUAUUCAGGCUGCUAAAGGACAUAAUCGUUUUGGUUUAAAUAAGCAUUUAAAGAUGCACCGAACGAACUGUGUUUUGAUGUCAGUACUGCUGAUGAUCACCGAUGGUUUGAUUGUUAAAGGUCCCUCUGGUCCUCUGGUUGCUCCUCUGGGAUCUUCAGUGGUUUUGCCCUGUUCUGUUGAUCAGCUUUUAUCAGUGAAGGGUCUGGAGGUGGAAUGGAGAAGAAAUGACUCAGACACUUUAGUUCAUCUGUUUCAAGAUGGUGAGAGUCGAACAGAAGCCCAACAGCAGGAUUAUCAGGAUAGAGCUCAUUUCUUUACUGAAGAGAUUCAACGUGGAAACUUCUCCCUCCAUCUGGACGAUCUGAGAUCUGAAGAUGAGGGACGAUACACAUGUACAGUUUACAUUCAGGAAGAGUCUGGUGAGACUGUGGUUGAAAUUAAAGUUGAUGGUGUUGGGCGUUUGAGAGUAUCAGGAUCGAGUCGCUCCAUAUCUGCGUCUGCGGGUGAAGACGUCACUCUGAGCUGCUCUGUAGACUCUCACAUCACACCUGAAGACUUUAAAGUCUCAUGGAAGAAAACAGAUGAAGAUGAAGAUAUUAUGGUUCUUCUCUACCAAAACAGUGAGUCUUUACCAGAUUCAGCACAUGAGCGAUACAAAGACAGAGUUGAGUUCUUCACUGAUGAAAUCCCCAAAGGAAACUUCUCUCUCAGACUGAAGAGUGUCAGAACUGAGGAUAAAGGAGUUUACAUGUGUGAGGUGUUUGCUGGAGGACUUUCAGCCAAUACAACUGCAGUACUGGAGAGACUGGGUUUCUCUGUUUCACACAUAAUAAUGUUGAUUCUCUGUGUUUCUGCAUCUGGAUCUGCACUUCUGCUCUGCUGUCUGAUCUACUGCAGAUCUCCUACUGAAGAACUAGUCUUCCGUCUUCAGAUGUUUCUUGUCUUCUGUUCAAAUGUUCUGAUGUUUCUUGCUUUUGUCCUGUGGGGUGUUUCUGAAGGGUCUCUGUUUGAGACAGUUUCUUGUUGUUCUCUUUAUUUUCUGAGGCCUCUCAUGUUGCUCUGGACGGCUCCGUAUGUGAAUGAGUUCCCAGGCAAGAUUAAAACAUGGAUUGAAAAUUACAGUUUUAGGACAGAAUACAUUGUUUUUUCAGCUGUUUUUUAUUCAGUUCUGUUUAAAUCUGCCUGGGACAAAAGUCUGAAUUAUGCUGGAUUUGAAGGCAUCAUGAUUAUCAUCCUCUUUGUGACUGUGAUUCUGUUCAGCCUCUUCUAUAUUAUUUACUUGUUGGAUAAAAUAAUUGGGAAAUUAAGUCAGCGGAUCAGUACUAUAUUCUAUGUUCUGGCUGGCAUAAGCUUAGAUGUUCUUCCUUCACUACAAUUCAUCCUCCUGUUUUAUGCCUUUGGAUCUGCCAGAGGAGGAUUCAUCGUUGUUGCAGUUUUACCAGUGUUUCUCACAGUCACA